AUGCAUGAAGUGUUCACAAGACUAGUUGGUGCUGCAGUGACAGCAGUUGAAAAAAUAGCAAAGUUCAUAGUGCCAGAUGCACCUGAGGAAAUCACAGAGGAAGCAUCUGAUCCAAUGGGAAUCUCACCCGGAGAAUAUCGGCAGAUAUACAAGGGUAUUCAGGACGUAAUAGAAAACAAUGAUGAAUUAGGCGAAGAAGAGAUCAAUAAGAUAUCUUCCCUAUUGAACACAGUCGUACAAGAAGAAGAUCUACCAGAAUACAUUGAAAGUAUGCGGUUCCUUAAGGAACUGGCCCAAGGGAAAGGGAUAGACACAAAGAAGGAAGAAAAGUUCAUAAGGUACGUCUCAGGAAAAGAAAAAAGAAAGUGCGAAGAGUCUGGUGUAAGUGAAGAGUACACAGAGAAGGUAGAAAAAAAAGAAAGUGAAGUAAAGUGCAGGAAAACCAGCGUAGAAAGUACAAUGGACCCGGCUGUUGCAGUUGACACUGGGAAUGAAAGAAGAAAUAUCACUGGGUUCACAGCAGAGGACUUUGAUGAGACUGUCGACUGGGAGGGAGAGAGAAGAAAGGAAAUGAAGAAAAUUGAUGAUGUCCUGGCCCUGGGACUAAAUCCUUUUAACCGGUUCAGAGAUGAAGAUGGAACAGUAAAGUACCCAGACAUAGAUGAUGAUGCAGAGUUAAUCAAGUACGACGAGGGAAGAAAUGUGCUCAAGAUAUGCCUGCAUGAUGACCCACGAAGAGGCAAAUACCUGCCGUAUUACUGCAUACACCCAACAGAAAAUAGAAUAGUUAGGUCCAUGGGAAUAGCACCAGGUGCAAUAGAAAGCCUGACGAAGAUGCAAAUGAAAGAGCGUGGAUUCAUAAGAGAUGAAGGCCGCCUGGAGAGAGAUAGAGUCCAUGCAGAGAAGACUGACAGAUGGUCAAAGAUUAUCCGAGAGCAGAAGGAAAGAGAAAAGAAAGAACAGGAAAGAAAACUCGCAGAAGCAAGAAAAAGGUUUAAUGAUGAGUACGCGGAAAGAGAAAGACUAAGACUUCUGCAGGAAGAAGAACUCAAGAAAAGAGAAAUAACCAGCAAGAGAGACCCAAUCUAUGAAAGAAUUGCACAGAUAAAUGAGACAAUAGACAAAGAGAGGGCAGGAAGAGACUAUAAGAUAAUACAGUCAGUGAAGAAGACACCAGAGGCCCAGAAAGAACUAGACAACCUCAUACACGAUGCCAUACGCGAAACAUCAAAGGGCCUGUAUGACCAGCACCACUACAAAGGCGCAAUGGAUCUAUAUGAAGGAUCAAAGGCAUCAGCUGAAAAGACAAAAGUGCAAAGAGACCAAACAUUCCCGAAAGAGUCAGAAAUCUCAAAGAAUAAAGAUAUCCAGAUACCAGAAGAUACUCUCACAAGAAGUACCCUAGGAUCAGGAAUAAACAUAAAUAAUCCGUUGCAAAGUACUCACAAUAUACCCACUAGUACACUCUUCAACACACAAGAUAAUGUAUACAGUAAAGAGACAGGCAGCUUAGACAAAGAAAUAUCACAGAAGAAUGAUAAAGAAUUUGCAAGGAAAGAUGCACCGUAUACUACACCUAGUAAGAGUACUAGUCCAUUUGGUACAGCAGGCUUCCCUGGUCUCGGAGAAAGAAGAGAGACAAGUUCUAUCCUGAAGGAUAGUCCAUUUACCAUGGGAGAGAGUGCAGAUAGAAGUGCACUAUCAGGUACUGGAUUAUUUGGCAGUUCUAUUAAUAAUAGUCUAGACAGCUUUGAUGACAGAAGCAGAGACAGUACACAAAUGGAAUCAUCAAAUACCCCAACAACUGACUCGAUUAAUCUGCCAAGAGACACUCUGGAACUGCCCCAGAAGAAAGACACUGGUAUAAAUACGCCUAGAAGUGUUCUAGUAAGCGAACAAUCUUCCCCUAGUAUCAGCCAGGAGAGUAAUAAUAGCCCAAGCCAAAGCAGCAUAAACUCACAGCAGACUGGAAGUACACUCUUUGGUUCUGGCUUGGGAAGACAACCAGAGACAGUUAAGGAUGAAAUAACUGAUAGUAAGACUGCAGCCACAGAUAUUAUAGAUAGAAAGAGAAGAUCUUCAGAUGAAACUUCUUCUGCUGGUACUUCACUCAAUGGGGAAGUUGACUACUCCCAGUCACCACUGGCUGCCUUCCAGAAAAGAAUCAUGUUGUCACAGAACACUCAAGAGACACCUUCCCGCAUACAGCCAAGUACUGGCCUAUUUUCUGCCUCAAGCAUGGAUCAAACAGCCCCAAAGACAACUGCCUUUCCAGAGAGUCAGCCUAGUACUGGCCCAAGUAUGCGCAGUAAUAGUCUAUUCUCAAGUGAAAGACCUGCAUUCAGUGGAUUUUCAACGGAAAAAUCAAAUCUGUUCCCAGGAAGUGCAUCCCACCCAGAGACAGCACAGCCUCAGUCAUCGUCUUCCAUUUUCAAUCAAACCCCCAUGGGUGCACAAGGGAGUGUAUUUGGGUCAAUUGGCACAAAUACCAUGCAGAACAUGACAGGAAUUCAGACACCUGCAUCCUCCAUGAGCAGCAGAUUCAGUGCAACUGAUAGACCUGGUGCAGCAGAAUCCCCUGCCAUGAAGAGACAAGAUGGUCUGGCUGGGACAACAUCAUCUCUAUUCAGCCAAAACAACAUGAGCACUCAGGACAGAGCACAAGCUCAAAAUCCACCUGGAACACAGAGCCCAUUAGGAAACAGCUUCUCAAAUCUGACAGGCACAAUGAACACAACAAACCCAUUCGGAACAACAAGCAGCUUUGGUGGUGCAAAGCCCAUGUUCUCAAACCCACAGGCAUCGCCAUUCUCAAAUCCAAACCCACAAUUCCCCACAGGAGCCCAGGGAAAUAAUAUGCAAGGUGAAACUAAUCCAUUUGCAAAUAAUUCGGAUGGAAAUACUGGAUAUACGAACCCCUUUGCUGGAAAGGAUACUGUCAGGAAGAGAUCUUCCUUCAUGUUCAAAAAAUAA